UCUCUCUCCUCGGCGAAGAAUAAGAAAGGUUAAAACAACAGAGGGCGCUGCAGGUGGCAAUUAUUAUCGGACGCGACGAGGAUCGAAAACUGUGCACUCUGUUGUUUUAAGUUUGUGGACUUUUCUCGACUUAAUUUCAUGUGGACGAUGAUUUGCUUCCAGUGAUUUCUGCACAUUGUUGUAGUCUGACUUUCCUAAUAAUGACUUUGCAAAUUAGAAUCAUGCCACUGUCGGGUGAACGUCACGAUUUUGGGUGACCUUUUCAACUGAUGUCGUCAGGAACAAGUAGUAUUUUUCCAGCGUGUUUGGACAGGCUGUCAUGACCGUCUAUCGUCGCGUUUCGCCCAGGGUCUGGACGGUGCAACAGCCAUCAGGGUAAGAAAGGUUCCCUGCAGCCAAUGUCUCAAGAAGUGCGACUAGGGCCAAAUGGGCGUAGGUUCACUUCAGCAUCAUUUGCUCCAGGACAGACUAGCCUUGAAGACCAUGGGCAUCUCCGAGGCACAGACAGACGGAUCAGUACAAGAAACAGCAAAGUUAUCGUCUCCUAUCUCAGGAAGCAGUUACGACAGCGUCUUCUCCAAGGAUCAAUCCCAGAUGAUGCUCUAUCACACAGCUAUGAAGAAUCGCUGGACGACCCUUCAUUCCAAGUGCCUCCAAAUGCGAAGUAUGGAAGACACAAUAUGUUUUCCAGGUACACAGACUAUGGAGGUCGGCAAAGUCGUGUGAGACCAGACAGUCCAGAAGGUCUAAAGUCAAGUGAGGAGGCAGUCGAAGGUCGUGAGUUGUCACCAUUGAGACAAGUUAGCGCUCAAGGAGUUCUACCUAACAGGGUACGGGGCGGAAGCAGAGGUCCAGAGGUGAAGAUUAGCGAAGGCUGGGCUCAAGGCGAUGGUAGAAUGCCACCACUCACUGAAAGCAAAACUAACAUAGAUGCUGCAUCGAAAACGGGGGAGAACACUCCCACUAAGGUAGAAGCUACAAAAGCACUGGCACCCAGGACUGUAGAUGCCAACCAAAAGGGCUAUAGGAGUGGCUCCCCUGCUCUGAGUCUAAAAUCGCUGAAAUCCACUGGAAGCGGUGACAGUCACGAUGGUUCCUACGACAGCGCUCAGAGUCUGACGCAUUUGCCUAGAAUCGGGAGCACCGUGAGUGCUGGUACCCACCGGCCGGCGUCGGCACUAUCAAUAGAUGAGGAUGUAAGGUUACCAGUGAUUGGAAAGGACUCCAAAGCAAUUUCGCAACCGGACGAAACGUCAAUAUCUGAUGAAGGAUCGGAGAAGUUGAAAUUGGAUUCUGGGGACGGAUCUAAAGGUUUGAUACUCAGUGAUGCGGCUGAUGAAACCACUUUACCUCUUGAUGACACGGAUGGUUGUAUCCCUCCGAGGGAAGAAGUUAGUCCCGUUCCGAGUCAAUACCCCUUACCUCAUGAUAGGAUGACGGUUGAUUGCGAAGAAGAUGAAUGCAUCAAUCGUCUUAUGAUGGGCUAUUUUGACGCUGAGUUUCCAAUGGAGAAAAAGAUCAUAAGAAUCUUCAUAUCUUCAACUUUCUCAGAUUUUGAAGCUGAGAGGACUGCUCUGGUUUCUAAAGUCUACCCUCGACUCAAGAGCUACUGUAAGGAACGCGGGUAUGAGUUCCAGGUCUGCGAUCCGCACUGGGGAAUUAAAGAAUUCAGUAACGACAGCCACACUUACGCUCAACAUUGUUUAUCAGAACUUGAAGAGUGCCAAAGGGUCUCCAAGGGGCCCAAUUUUGUGUCAAUUUUAGGUCAGAAGUGUGGAUUUGAGCCUGUGCCUGCCAGUAUUUCCGUGGAUGAUUUCGAAGGUCUGAUCACGGGGCUGCAGAAUGCUAAGGAACUCAGUCUUGCAACCAGGAGAACGUCAAGGGUUUCCUCAGUGUCCGAGGCUAGUCCAAAUGGUGAGUACAUUGAGACUCGAGAGAGAAGGGGUAGCAUUCUACCGACACUGGAUGAAAAGAGAACUUCCAGCAACGAUCCCCCGAAGUCCACCCUCGCUUCUACCCUGGAGGAUGGAGAGCAACCUCAACUGCAGUCCCGUACCAAAAAAAUAUCUGAUCAUCGAAAGCCACAAAUUGCUUCAUCAACUUACUUCAAAGAGAGAGGGGUCCUGGUUGUAAAUGCGAUUAGAGCUACUGACCAGGUUAAGAGACGAGAAGAUUCCAUUGAAGGUGGAGGGGUGUACGAUGUCGACAGUGAGCAAGAAAAGCAGACCGAGAAGGAAUACGAUGCGGAGAUUACCCUGUUGAGGAACUGGUUUCAACUGGAUGAAAAUAGUCUGGCUCCUUGCUACAGACUCCAGAAUAUCAGCUCCGUGUUCAAGGAUGUACUGAGCAAUGAUAAACAGAAGAAGCAACGAGCAAGAAACCAGUGGUUCUUUGUACAGAUCCGUCUCCUUAAGAUCAUGCAUCGUUACAUGAAGGAGGAGGACCAGAGAAGAGAUUAUUGCAUGUCUGUCACAGAAAAAGAAGUUGAGACUGGCAUUCUGGGUUCUCCUCAAGACGUCCACGGUAAAGUUCUCUCCUUCAAGAGAUUCAUCACAGAUCUUCAUCUACAUCUUCAAGACUACAACGCUAGAGACUACAUCAAUCUGCAUCCAAUGAGGCCGGAGGUAGAUCUGACAUCCUUGGAGAAAAUUGACGAUCUUAGGGAAGUUCAGAUCACAGAAAAGUUGAAGUACACAGACAUCCACGAGUUCACUACAGAGUGGCAUAAAGACGGCAUAAACCCAUCCAGCAACCGCUCCCACUCACAGUACCUGGAUAAAUUUGCCAACGAGUUCCACGACUCGUUGAAGGUCAUGAUAGAUAGCGCCACCAGUGUCAACGACAGGUCAAGCAUCGUGCCGGAAGAAAAUGCCUUCUACUGGUGCGUCGCACCUCAUGUUAAUUUCGUGCAAAAUUGCAUCAAAUCAUUCCACGGAUGUUCAGAAACACUCUUUAGUAUCAAACACUACAUCAGGAGCAACGCCAAACAUCCGCUUGCCAUCCACGGGCCAUCGGGAAGUGGGAAGACGUCCAUUGUUGCCAAAGCAGCUGAGCUGGUCAGGGAUUGGACGAAAAGUGAAGAGUUGGCCGUCAUCGUUCGGUUCAUUGGUCUGACAUCAGACUCUCAUCACAUCAGGAAAAUCCUUACGGAUAUUUGCCGACAGAUUUGUCAUAUCUAUGGCCAGGAUGCUUCGUCCAUACCAGAGGAUUAUUUUGGUCUGAUGAAUGAUCUAGAGAAUCGUUUCCGCGCGGCCUCAUCUCAACGCCCCCUCGUUAUCUUCCUCGAUGCCCUCGAUCAGCUCUCCGAUGAGAACAACGCUCGCAAUCUCAUGUGGCUACCUAAGAAUCUCCCUGAACACGUACAUCUGGUGGUUACCACGGUGACCAUUGAAGAGGAACAACAUGAGUGCUUCAAAGUCUUAAAGAAAGUACUCCCAGAGGCGAGUCUCCUCCCAAUUCCAAACCUCAGUCCAACCGACACGUCGUUCAUUCUCAGUCACCGCCUUGCCCUCAAGAAUCGACGCCUGACCUCAGAGCAACGGUCUGCCGUUAUGAAAGCGUGCGAGGAGAAUGCCUCCCCGCUGUUUGUGACGUUAGCCGCUGACGAAGCGGCCAGAUGGAACAGUCAGCUGACCGGGAGGGCGCUAUUCCUACCUGGAACGCUAAAGAAGCUCGUGAAUCAUAUAAUAAUUCGUCUGGAAUCCACCUACGGUGAGCCUCUCGUCCGACGUACCCUCGGCUACAUCACAGCUUCGCAGAACGGUCUCUCCUGGUCAGAGCUAGAAGACCUCCUCUCACUGGACGAUGCCGUCAUGAACGACGUCGUGGCUCAGAAUGGGACCUCCCUCAGGCGUCUACCCCCUGUCUUGUGGUGUCGACUACGGGCGGAAUUGGAGCAGUAUCUAUCGCUCGGGGUCGUUGAUGGGUGUUGGACUUAUCGAUGGCUGCACAGAGAAUUCUUUGAAUGUGCAACAGAAAGAUAUCUAAAACAACGAGACAAAGCGCCCUCCUACCACUCCGCCCUGAGUGAGUUCUUCAUGGGGAAGUGGGGAAACAUAAAGAAACCGUUCCCUGGUAACGACGGAGGAGCGGAACGAUUCGUUGAUCCCAUGCCGCUGGUCUGGAACCACCUCUUCCCUAAUGGUGAAUCCAAACCAGUCAACAACCUCCGCAAACUGAAUGAGCUUCCUUACCACCUACUCCACUCCAACCAACUAGACAAACUCAAAACCGAAGUCCUAAUCAACUACGAAUGGACCCUCGCCAAACUCAAAGCCACCUCCUUACGCAUCCUCCUGGACGACGUCCAAAGCGCCCUCAUUGUCAAACCCAACGAUUUAGAAUUGCGUCUCAUGAGUGACACCCUACAGCUCUCAGCGGUGGCGUUGGGGAAAGAUCCCAACCAACUCGGGUCUCAGUUGAUGGGACGGUUGUACAACAUCAUCGCAACGGACAAACCGAUGUCUGUGGGGGACCCAAAGAAGUACCCGUCUGUCGCUGUGAUGUUCGGAGCUUUGAACCGUAGCUCAGUGCCACUUCUCAUGCCGUCUGCAACUUGUUUAUCCCAACCUGGCGGGGUGUUGUUCGAUCUACUUGCGGGUCAUACAAGCGAGAUUACGGCGGUGACCGUCUCAUCGGAUGGUAGCAUCGCUGGAACGGCCUCGACGGAUGGAACGGUGAAGAUGUGGGAUUUAAGGAGUCGGAAGGUUCUGAAGACUCUGCCGAAAAUGGGAAUGGAGGUGAGCAUCAUCCGCUUUGCCCUACGGAACCACAUCCUUAUUGCAGUCACAUACAACAAAAUCCACGUCUGGGAUCUGGAUAAAUGUAUCCUCGUCGGCACCAUGGAAGAAUACAUCGACCCCCCAAGUAUAACCAUCGCUGGAGAGGACGAGCAGUACCUCUGCGCGUUCUUCAGCGGGAUCAACGCCAUGAGGACGUGGGAGCUUGGGGGUGGGGAGUGCUGCUUGGUGGCGGGAAGGGAGAUCGCUGGGGAGGGGAUACAUAAGGACCAGUCGGUGUGCGUCUCCAUCGGAACGUCUGGGGAGAAAGUGCUGUAUGCUUUCCGGAGCGACAACAAGGCUUACGUUGUGAAUGCUAAGACAGGACAGAGACUGCAUGAGUUAAAAGCACCGGGUCAGGCUGCUUCUGUGACCGCUCUGGGGAUCUCCAAAGAUUACUACAUCGUGGUGUGUCGUUAUCUCUACAUGAAGCUCUCUGAGAUCCACCAAUUGGAACUCUACGACGUCAAGACCGGAAAGUACGAACGAGCUGUCAAAGGUUGUACUCAUGACGUUGUGAACGAGCUGUACGUCAAUCGUAUGGGAUCCCAUGCUUUGUGUCUCUGCCCAUCGGCACAAUCCAACACCAGCCAUAUAUCAGUCUGGAAUCUAGAGACAGAAGAUCACAAACAUAUGGCUAAACAUGCACAGAUGUCUACCAUGGGAGCUUGCGUUGAUCUGAGCUUCUGCCUGAGUGCCUCCAGACAGGACAAAGCGUUACGCAUCUGGAACAUCAGUAAGAACGUCAACGACCGUGAGGGUACCGACUCCAAAAGUAAGAAACGAGAAGGAGUGUCCAGCCUCGUCCCAAUGAUAAACAACCCUAGGUACGUCGUCGCGAAGUCCAUCGACAAUGGCCCUCUGAGUGUUUGGAACGUCCUGAAAGGGAAAUGCUCUGGGAAUGCUGUCCGCAUAGAGCGAGGUUUGGUCGACCAGCAUGACGUGUUUCUGAUCCGUAAUCACAAAGCUGUGAUCUUGUCCGACCGCGGUAUGUCGUCCGUCAGCGAGAAGCCGACGCCAGUCUUCCAGACGGUCUUCAUGUAUAAUUUGAAGCUUAAGAAGUAUUACCGUAAGCUUACGGGUGUCUUUAUCGUUCCGUCCCCGGCGCACGAGUACCGUCUCCUGGAUGGGGAGCUCUUGCUCGGGUUAUCAGAGAGCCGGGACCAUCUGAUCUGUUGGAGUUUAGUGACAGGGCAUAUUAAGUUUAGGAUUAAGAGUAAGUUCAAGGAGUUGGAGAGAUGGCGAGGGAUGAGGCGAGAUGAAGAGGAAGCCUUGAGGCAGAGAACUAAGAGAGGGACAAGUGCCAAGAUGACUCCAUGGGAUCGGAGGUCGGAAUCUCACACUGCCAGGCAGCGACGGCGGGACAGCGAAUUCAGCGAAGAGAAGAAGAGGUUGGAUGAUUUGAGGAAGGAGAAAGAGAACGCCAUCGAGCAAUAUGUCAUGAGCAAAGAUGAGAAGGUCAUCGUCUGCUGUUACUUCGCUCAUCACAUGUGCGUCUUCGAUGUUGAGACCCAGUCUCACUUACAGACGCUGGAGAAUGAGAGCUCCAUGCUUUAUCUCUUCAACUCUGCGCUGACGCACACCGGAAGUUUCCUGGCCCAUGCUAACUACGACGACUGUGCAAAGUGUAGUUACGUCACACUCUGGGACUUACAAAGCGGGCAGGUCAGGAAGCGCAUCAAGAACGAGCCGAAUGUUUGCUGCGUCGGGAUCAACAGCGACGCAACACGUGUCUUCUUCGGUAAGGAGAGCAACAUCCUCAAAAUUUGGGACGUCCGACGGAAAUCUACUCUCCGUAAGCUACGAGGCUACAAGGGCAUGAAGCUCACGAUGGAGAGCAAGAUAUUCAUGAUCGACGAUGGAGCCAGGGCGAUCGUCUUUGCCACUGACAUCUCACUCUGGGACCUCGAUCGUGGAACAAUGGUAGCUCUCUUCACUCCCGAUAUACGCAUCACAUGUGUGGAAGUGGUGAUGAGCGGGAAACUCAUUGUGUUGGGGUUGAGAGAAAGCGCAGAUCUCAUCACGCUGAAACUCCGAGGGCGUGAUAUCAAAGCGGUUGAUUUGAUCUCUGGAGCUGGAGGAGAGGAACUGUUCGGUGAGACGACGGGCGACACGACAGAAGAAGAAGACGAGGAAGAUGAAGAGGAGAGUGAAGUUGCGUCAAAUAAAGGAUCAGAACAAUCCUAUUAAGAUCAAGUCUAUUGCCCUUUUCGAAACGACGGCAUGGGCUUCUGGCCCUGCUGGUUGAUUUGACAAUUUGCUCUUGCUUUACGUAUGCGCGCACCUAGGGCUUCAGACGAGAGAACAGAGCCUCAAUACGAAUCCAAAGCCGAAGUCGUAGUUUGGAAAUGGGCCUUUGUUAUCAGAAACAAGCAUGCAACUCUUCCACGGAUUAACGGUUCUUAAAACAGAAAUCCAAGCGCAAUAUGCGGCUAGUUUCAGUCUGGUUCACGGAAAAUAUAAGUUUGUUUUAAUUUUCUGCGUUUUCUUUUUCUUCUGAAGAGUUGCAUGCCUGGAGAAACGAUCAA